UCCUCCUCCUCCUCCCCCCUGAGCUGUGGCUUCACAGCCUCCCUCCUGCAGCUCAUUACGCACCAGAGCCACGCAAGUUUUCUGGUUUCAUUUUAUUCCAACUCCGGCUUUGCUAGAGAUGAUGAUAUGAUGUGCUGUGAUAGUUAACCCCUCUUCUCCAGAUGAAAGCCUCGGCGUGUGGCGUGGCGCUGGUGUGAGUGAGGGAGCCACCUUAAAGACAGCAGCCCGGCUGAUGUCAGCGUCACAGACUCAGACCCCGCCGCCGGUACAGCGCUGCGCCGCUCCGCCGUUUCAAAUCUCCAUCUGCGCUGCUGCUGCUCUCACUUUCUUCAGCUCAUGUCUCGCCUGCAUCCACGGGAGUAUUUCAGCCUCUUCGCCAACACAUCCAACUGAGCUGUGCCAGUCCUGACUGAGCCAAAUCCCUGCCUCGGGAGGAGAAAGGUCGCACCGUGUGUGAGGAGGUCGCUGCCGAUCUUGCUCUGCGUCCAGGCCUCCCCCGCCCCUCCUCCCCCUCCGCCAGCGCUGGGCAACCACACAAGCGUUGGCUCGAUUCCAGGGAGGCUCCGAUCCUGCAGCCACGUCAAUCACGUCUUCACCGCUGGCUGCGGGGCGGCCCUCGUGGCCGGGAUGCCACUGUGUGCCUUGCCAGUCCACAGUGGACGGUGAGGGGCAGGAGGAGGGGACAGAGUGCAGGAGACUGAGAGGAGGCGGCCCGCACCAAACAGGAGAAAUGAACCUCUGCUGGAACGAGAUCAAACGCAAGUCCCACAACAUCCGGGUGCGGCUGGAGGCCUUCUCCGACAACAGCGGGAAGCUCCAGCUCUCUCUGCAGGAGAUCAUAGAAUGGCUGACAGCCAAGGACGAGGAGCUGUCGGAGCAGCUGCCCAUUGGAGGGGACGUCGGGGCCGUCCAGCACCAGAGGGAGUUCCACCAGGCAUUCAUGGAGGAUGUCAAGUCUCGCGGGCCGUUCAUCUACUCAGUGUUGGAGUCUGCCCAGGCCUUUCUGGCUCAGCAUCCCUUCCAGGAGCCAGAGGAGACCCUGACCGAUGGAAAAGAGGUCUCUCCACGCCGGCGAAUCUUAAAUGUGAGCCGCUCAGUGUGGAAGCAGGCGAACGUGGCCAGUGACCUGUGGGAGAAGCUGACAGCACGCUGUGUGGACCGCCAUAGACACAUGGAGAGGACAUUAGAGCGUCUACUCCAGAUCCAGGCGGCGAUGGAGGAGCUAGCGGUGGCUCUGGAGCAGGCGGAGGGGGUGAGAGACGCCUGGGAGCCAGUCGGAGACCUCUUCAUCGACUCUCUGCAGGACCACAUAGACGCCACCAAGUUAUUUAAGGAGGAGCUGACCCAAGUGAAGGAGGGCAUGAAGCACAUCAAUGAUCUGGCCCACCAGCUGGCUAUCUCUGAUGUCCAUUUGUCGAUGGAGAACGCCCGCGCCCUGGAGCAUCUCAACAGCAGAUGGAAAGUGCUUCAGGCUUCCAUAGAGGAGCGGCUGAAGCAGCUUCAGGACGCACACAGAGACUUUGGCCCUGGAUCGCAGCACUUCCUUUCCAGUUCAGUGCAGAUACCGUGGGAGCGUGCCAUCUCCCCCAACAAAGUUCCUUACUACAUCAACCAUCAGGCCCAAACAACGUGCUGGGACCAUCCAAAGAUGACAGAACUGUACCAAGCACUGGCGGAUCUCAACAACAUCAAGUUCUCAGCAUACAGAACAGCCAUGAAGCUGCGGCGAGUUCAGAAAGCUCUGAGAUUGGACUUAGUGGCGCUGAGCGGCCUCGGGGAGGUGUUUCGGGAGCAGGAGCUGCAGCAGGGGGAGCAUGUGAUGGACGUGGUGGAGAUCAUCCACGGGCUGACGGCUCUGUACGAGAGGCUGGAGGAGGAGCGCUCCGUCCUCGUCAACAUUCCACUGUGUGUCGACAUGUGUCUCAACUGGCUGCUAAAUGUCUACGACAGCGCUCGUAAUGGCAAAAUGCGAGUUCUCAGCUUCAAGAUGGGAUUGGUGAGCUUGUGCAACGCAGACGUCCAGGAAAAGUACAAAUACUUAUUCCGUCAGGUGUCUGGUCCUGGAGGUUUGACGGACCAGCGUCACCUCAGCCUGCUGCUCCACGAAGCCAUCCAGAUCCCCCGCCAGUUGGGUGAAGUCGCUGCUUUCGGGGGCAGCAACGUGGAGCCCAGCGUCCGCAGCUGCUUCCGUGUGGCCCCAGGGAAACAUGCCAUCGAGGUGUCUCACUUCCUGGAGUGGAUGAGCCUGGAGCCCCAGUCCAUGGUUUGGCUGCCAGUCCUCCACCGUGUGGCUGCUGCUGAGUCCACCAAGCAUCAGGCCAAAUGCUACGUCUGCAAACAGUGUCCCAUCAAGGGCUUCAGGUAUCGCAGUCUGAAGCAGUUCAAUGUGGACAUCUGCCAGACAUGUUUUCUAACGGGCCGCACUACCAAGGGAAAGAAGCUUCACUACCCCAUCAUGGAGUACUACACACCAACAACCUCCGGAGAGAAGAUGAGGGACUUUGCCAAGACUCUGAAGAAUAAGUUCAGGUCGAAGCAGUACUUCACAAAGCACCCACAGAGAGGUUACCUGCCGGUUCAAUCUGUGCUGGAAGCAGAGAGCUCGGAGACGCCGUGCUCUUCACCUAAGCUGCCCCAUGCGGACACACACAGCCGGAUUGAACAUUAUGCCAGCAGAUUGGCAGAAAUGGAGAGCCAGAACUGCUCGUUCUUCACAGACAGCCUGUCUCCUGAUGAAAGUCUCUGCUGUUUGGCUGUCUUGAAUCAUGCGGCCCAUGUGUGCAGCCUUCACAGUCCACCUGUGUGCAUUGUUCCGACUUCACUUUUACUCAGGGAUGAAGAUCAGUACCUCCUGCGUCACUCCAGCCCAGCCUUGGACCAUGACUCACCCUGCGGACAGCACAUGCUGCUCGCCCACCUGGAGCACCAGGACAAGGAGCAGCUCCAAUGCACCCUGGCCCGCCUGGAGAACGAAAACAGGGUGCUGCAGAGCGAGUACAGGAGGCUCAAGUGGAAGCACGAGGAGGCGGCGUCGGUUCCCAUGCUGACCGAGGCCGGAGAGGGCGGUCCGGGUUCACCCACAGAGGGAGGGCAGCAGGACGAGGAGCUGCUGGCCGAGGCACGCGUCCUCCGCCAACACAAGACGCGCCUGGAGACACGGAUGCAGAUCCUGGAGGACCACAACAAACAGCUGGAGUCCCAGCUCCGCAGGCUCAGGGAGCUACUGCUACAGCCCAAAGAUGACUCAGAGGCCAACGGAUCAGAGCCGUCAACCCUGUCUUCUCCCGUGUCUGGAGGGGGUCACCACGGGGAGCCGGCCAGCAGAGAGACCACUGACACUGAAGCAGCAGGAGAUGACAUGGAGCACGAACAGGACACAGUGCUGCAGCUCCAGGAAGUCAUCGAGCAGCUGAGAAACGUCUUCCCUUCAGAACCGGGCACCACCUCACACAUCUAACCCCGAGUGGGCCCGAAGAAGCAGAGUGAAAGCCUGAAAGGACGCCUGAUGGCAGAGGGAGGAGCUCCACACGGCUGAGGUCAGGCCACAGAACACCAGGCCCCGUGACCACUGCAGCAGCUAUGAUACCCAGAGCUAACCCUCUACUGGAAUCUGUGCACUAAAAGCCUUUUUCAUGCAAACUGCUGAAGGCUCACACUGAUGUCCGUUUGGCGAGCCUGACACCGUGUCAAAGAGCCAAAGGAAACUAACGUUAGCAGCAGGUCAGGGAGAGACUCAAGUAAAGGAACAUGCCCAGCCAAGACACUGUGCUUACCAGUAUCUGUGUAGUCGUUCGGAGGUGUGAAGCUUUAUAUGUCCACAGCACAAUUUGGACCUUCCAUGAGGAGAACUUUUAAAAAAAAUGCAAAAAUGAAUAAGUAGAAUAUCCCCUUGUUCUGUCAGAAUGCCUGUUUUUUUUUCAGUUUUUCCCCUCAUCGAAUGUGUUAUCAUGGUUGUUAUUUUUGUUUCUUGAAGGGAGGUGGUGCGUUAAAGCUUGCUAGAGUAAACUAGAUCAGGGCUGGGCCGCCUGCAUUUCAUGUGGCUGCGUGGUGCAGAUUGUCAGGCAGUUGACAGCACCCACAACGAGCUUAUUUACUUUGUGAGAAUGACACAUCAUCAGUUAAAUCCAUGAUUUAUUUAAGACAGCCAAAGUGCCCGCUAGCACAGCGCCUCUGUAUGCACACACUGUGUUCCUAUAAUCCUCUCAAACUGCUUGUCGCUCUCAUUGCUCGCCUCUCCUAAGUGAGCCCUUUACGCUUAUACAGAAACACUCUCACACACACAAACACACACACAUAUGCUGCUACAGCCACACUCCCUAUUUACAAUGCACCCUUCCCUCAUUGCACACAAACGACUCGCUGCAUGAUCAAUAACGUGCCAUGCCGCAUCACUAAAAAUACAGACAUUUCCAUAAAAAUGGAGAUCCAUUUCAUCUCUUUGGCUCCCGGGAUUUCGACACGCUCUCAGUUUUGAGCCAAUUUGUAUUGUAGCUGAAAUUGGGUUUUGUUGAGGAAAUGUCUGACGAUAAAUAUCAGCAUGCAGGCGUCCACUCUGGGAUCUUGCCGUUCUCCUGCUGUGUGCAGAGAAAAGGGAAGAAAGGCGCUCCGGGCGAUAGAGCUGCAAGGCUGAAGCUCUCUGUCUCUCUACUAGGCCAAUUCUAGACACUACAGGGGGGAACAAGAAGGCACACCACCAUAAGCGCGGGCCGACACUGACAUCAUCCCUUAAUAAUCCCUCGUCUUCAUGUCAAUUUGAAAAGAACACUAGCUUUUGAUUCUAAAUGCCUCAUUUUCCCUCGCUAAUGCGUACUUAAUUGCUUUUAGAUUUGCAAAAAGACGAGUGUUUGAAAAGACGCUACCCUCAUCGUAGCAGGGUUGAAGGGUGCGUUCUCUUCUAAACAUAGCACAGUCAAUGAAUGCCUUAAAACCAAACUGAACCCACAUAAAACAUUGUGUUUUUGCAUUCUCGAUGGAGGUUGCAUCAGAGGUGUGUGUCUGUGCAUCAGGCGUGUUUGUGUGCCACCGUCUGUCAGUCCCUGGACCGGCUGCUGGAUCAUUUGGACUAACAGGAAGAGAGUGCGGAUCACAGCCCAUGAGCAUCCAUACGUAGAAAACAGUUAAAUAGGGCUUUUAUGGGUGAACCCAUGAUGCUCGGGGUGCUUGGGGGGCUAAAGAUCUGAGAAACAAGAGACGAAAGGUGGGGAAAAAAAUCCAUUUCUUGCUCGAGGGCUGGUGGAAGAGAUCCACUUUGAUGUGCCUGCCACAGCGAAAUAUCCAGAAGCAGAGUGGAGGAUGCCUGAAACAAAAUAAGCUGUGGCUCCGCGUGUUUCUCGCAAAAUCAUGCCGCCUCAUUCUCAAAGAAAAAAACUAAAAAAGAUAUACAGAGUUAGGAAUUCAUCUUAAACCUUAAAACGACACUUUGACCUCACACACGAGUUACAAACCCAUGUGCUGCAUUCAUUACGGGCUCUCCCUCCAGGCACACAGCGCUCACAUUUUGACACCAUCCUCCUCAGAGCUCGCUGCCUGUUAGUUUUUGAUACUGUUGCUAGGGAACUGUCCCCAAGGACGCGGUUCCACAGGUUUGCGAGUCGGGAAGGUGAUGUGCUGCUCAUAAUACGAAUGCUAAUAGCCUUAAGGGAAGCAAGAGAGAGCACCCUUCUCCUUCGUCUCCACUUACUCCUCCUCCUCCACUGAAGCCUGUUGCUGCUCGGCUGCUGGAGAUUAUUAUCUGUUGAAUCCAUCUCCUCACCACCACGGUUUUGUGCUCUCACAAGUCAGAACAAAGAGCAGCAGCUCGGCUUGUGGGUGAAAAAUAUAAAAAAAAGGAGCCAUGACAAGCAAUGUUUAUUCAUAGACAUUAAUUUAUUGGUAUUCACACAUCUCAUUAAGAAUUGAUGAACACUUUCAUCCCCAUAGUGUUGAAUGUUGGUACACCACAUGAUGUUACAGUGACAGAAGACGAGGAAUUCCCCGUAGGAUUACUUGGUUAUGUUUAUUUUAUAGACAAUAUAGAGACUGAAUAAAUUCACCAGGUGGUUAAAUGACAGACACAGUCGGUCUCUCUGCUGCUGUUCCACUCCAGACUCAUCUCUCUCUGACUGUAGCCGUGUUUCCAUUAAAGUCGAAGCGAAUUUUGAAGCUAGCUUUGAAAUGUGCAUUAAUAAAAAUGCAAAUUAGGGAUGUUUCCAUCAGCUGGUUUAGAGUGAAUAAACAAAGCUGCAUAAACAAAUUUUUGUCAGAACAUGGCAGUGUAAUGUGUUGCUGUAGGCUAAUCCUUCAUUAAACAGUAGAAGAAAGGAUGGUGCAAGUGAGAAAUAAAAAAAAAAGAGGUUGCUUUUCUGAAAAAUUUGUUGACAGGAGAAAAUGAAGAGAGUCUUCAAGAAUUGGAUUCAAUUGGGAACUCAUAAUUGUUCUUUCAUGUCAGCGUAAACAGCUGAUCAGUCAUAUGAGUUAAAUGUUUGCUACGUCAAUUCUUAUUCAGAUUACUUAAUCAGAAAAGAAAUUUCCAUCUCCCAUUUAGCGCAUUAACUAUUUUUUUGAAAAAUUUUUAUGCGCAUUUUCGAAGGUUUCCAUCAAGCUUUUAUCAUGCAAAUCUUCAAAAUGCACAGAGAAAUUUGUUGACGGAAACACGACUAGUAACAGAAGAGGCAGCUUCCCCCGAGGAUUGCCUGGUUGUGUUUCAUUUAAGACAGUAGUCCUGUUUACAUGCUUGAUAAAAACACCCAAAAAAUUGAAAAAACUUUUAAAAAUUGCGCAUAAAAAGUUUUUUUUGCUCGCUUGAGGUGGUUUUUGUCUUUUUCGGAAAAAUAGUUAAUGCUCUAAAAUUGAGAUGGAAACGAUUUUUCUGAUUAUGUUUACACCGCCAUCUUCUGACCAAAGUACAUUUAUGCAGCUUUGUUUAUUCGCUCUAAACUGUGUUUCCAUUCGCUUCCACUUUAACCCUUUAUCAGGCAAAGAACUAUAUUUGGUAGUUAGAGUUAGGUAAUAUUUCGAGAAAAAAGUUGCAAAUUUACUAGAU